UACCUGUACGGUUUGAAUUCUAUUUCUCACUUUAAUUAAUUUAAGUGAAUCAUAAAAAUACUCGAACUACCUGUUUAAAACAAAAAAUACUUAAGUAUUGCUUAAUUUACUUAAACCAGUUUUACCUAACCCAACUACUUAAACCACAAUUAAGUUUUAAAUAAAAAAAAUUAGGAGCUAAACUCCAUCAUUGUAUUUUAGUUUAUGCUCUGACUGUAGCCAGACAGAAAUGUCCUGUAUAAUAUACACCAGUACAGUUUAUUUGAAACGCUUAUAAAGACAAUGGAUGUAAUAAAGGUCUCGUGAAAUAUCCUGUAUUUCAGCCGGGAAAUUAAAUAUUAGUACUAACGUUCGCCGGCAGGGCGCGCUGCUCUGCUGGACAAUGCGCUGUUUUGAAUAAUAAGAGGCGUGCAUGGAUGCGGUGGGGGAGAUGCAGCACUAUUUUGAUUGUGAGACCUUGCCGGCGUCUGCCCCUCCCUCUCCGCUGCAUGGAUUCAGGGAGGGUCCCAGUACAUUUGCAAGUAAACUUAUACUUAAUUACAGUUUGUACUGGCACUAGAAAACCUCAAAACUUAUGAAGAAGCUUUGCUCUUGCUUGUAUCAAAAAGUUGGAAGGUUGUGCAACAAAAAAUCAUCUAAAGGUUUGUUCUGAUUUGGAAUAUAUUCAUGUGUUCAGCAGACACUUUUUAUCCAAAGCAACACAUAUUUUUGAGAAAGCAGGUCAACCGGUCCCUGGCACAUUUGGGGCUAAUGGUCUCGCUCAGGGGCCUAAAAGUGACAUCUGGGAUUUGAUUGGUGACCCUCGUGACAGGCACUGCACACAAACUGGCUGAGUCACACAUUGCCCCCUCAGGACUGACAGAGCCACGUAUCCCACGCAUUACACAUCAGCUGGCUUGCUGCUUCAGGUUAGUCUUUGCCCAGUUGUAAUGUUCAGAGGUCCAGCAGCAGCUGUGGGUUUUCGGUUGGUACGGUUUCGCUGAGCCUGAGUCUCUUCCUCCCCUUGCUGAGCCUCAGUCUCUUCCUUCACUUGCUGAGCCUCAGUCUCUUCCUCCCCUUGCUGGGCCUCAGUCUCUUCUUUCGCUUGCUGAGCCUCAGUCUCUUCCUCCGCUUGCUGAGCCUCAGUCUCUUCCUCCCCUUGCUGGGCCUCAGUCUCUUCCUCCCCUUGCUGAGCCUCAGUCUCUUCCUCCCCUUGCUGGGCCUCAGUGUCUUCCUUCACUUGCUGAGCCUCAGUCUCUCAGUCCCCUUGGCAUCUCCACGGGCGCCCCACGCCCUUUCACAGACCUUGAGGGUGCCCAUUUUCUCAGUUUUGUUUAUCAAUUUCCCUCUAAACUGGAAGCACCCAAAUGAGCUCUUGCUGCCCUUGUGGCUCCCUGGAAGGGUCAACACAACCCAUGCAAAUCUCCCCAAAACGUCUCAUUUAAGCAAAAAGUGUUUUUUCGCAAAGGCCCUGCAGGAUCCCAGUAGUCACUGCUCGGCUCCUUCUGCUCCCGUUUGGCCAGAAGACAUCUUCAGAUGAGUUCCUGGUGUCUCCCUCUGUGGCUGGGCUGCCUGCUUCAGCUUCAAGAUGGCCACUGCAAUGCAGAAGACCCCUGCCUUCAGUACACAUUGGUUAGUGACUCCUGGCGGAACAAGGACUUCACCUCAUCCACCCUUGCCAAGUACAAGUGCGACGACGGCCUCUCCAACAAGUGGCUGCGCUUUGUGGGGAUCGCAGGUGACAUCAUAGUGCAGAGCAGCGUCCCGGAGAAUCGCAGCGGCACCCAGUGCUCCAUCUACAUGAACUUCACUCAUCCCGACAUUGUGUAUGAAACCCUGACAGGCAGUGCUUACUGCCAGUGGAAAGGAAAUGCACAUUAUGUGCAUUUCAUUGGUGUUAUGGAGACGGCCUGCUCAGGAGGCUUCUACGUCUACAAGCUGCCGAAGAUACCCUGCUUACAGGGUCUGAACACUGGCAUCUCUCUCAUGCACAGCUCGUGCUGGGGGGAGGACCCCUGUGGCCCCAACGCCACGUGCCUGACCUCCGGAGGCUGUGUUUGCAACAGUGGGUUCAACCGCCAGGACAACACCGAUCCCACUCCGGAGUCCUACGGCUGUAUAGACAUCGACGAGUGUACCGAAGAGCCAGGUAUCUGUGGCACCAACGCUAUGUGUACGAACACCAUCGGAAACUACACCUGCUCCUGUGAGACAGGCUUCCCCUCUACUGGAACGGUGUGGGAUAUUGGGACUGUAUGCAUUGACAUGCAACAGAAAAUUAAUUCAUUAAUCGCUCAAGAGUCCCAAAACGUGAUGACCACUCUCAGCAAUAUCAUGGAGGACUUGGAGAACAGCCCAGACCUGAUUAUCCCUGAAACAGUUGCCGUAAACAUCCUGACGACACUGGUCAACUUUGCAGGCAGGCUAGUGAAUAUCACCGUGCAGGAAGGCGCUGUGGACAUUGGCAGCCUUCUGCUGAAGAUUUAUGAAAAGUUCCUCUCGUUCUGCGUGGGAAACCCUCAAAGCAACUACACAGCGAGCGUGGUGGCGCCCCAGUUCGAGAUUUCCAUGAUGACCGUUGGACCUGGGUCAAGCUGGCGUCUGGGUGCAGCCCCUGUUCUAAGUGCCAGGAACAACACGAUGAAAAUCAAUAUUUCAAGUAUAGCCGAGAAGAACAAUGGGUCGGCGGGGGCCGUGCUGAUGUCAGUCAGCGGAAUGGACAGACUCUUAAAUGGCUCUUUCGCUACGAGUGGCACCAAGAUCUACUCUGAUGUCAGCAUCGCCCUCGUCCCACGGGCGAACGCCAGCAGACUUCCUGAGUCUGUCAACUUCACAUUUCAGCACAAGCAGGAGCCUCCUAAGGAUGGCAGGCUGACCUGCGUCUACUGGGAGGACCGUGGGGGGGUGCAGCAGUGGUCCACAGAGGGCUGCGUGACGCUCAGCUCUGUCAGCAGCCACACUGCCUGCAGCUGCAGCCACCUCUCCACCUUUGCUGUCAUCCUGCAGACAGGACAGGUUCAGGGGGGCGUAGAUGAAGACGACCCUGUGCUGACCUGGCUGAGCCCGAUCUGCAUGGGUGUGGGCUUGGUCUUCCUGAGCCUUGCGGUUCUCAGCUUCCUCUUCUGCAGCUGGAACCCCAAGGUGAACAACACGGCGCGCCUUCACCUCAGCCUGAACCUCCUCCUGGCACACCUGCUCUUCUUGCUGGGCAUAAACCGCACGCAGAACCGGCUCGUGUGUGCUGUCAUCGCUGGGCUGCUGCACUAUGCCUUUGUGUCCAGCUUCGUAUGGAUGUUCCUGGAGGCACUGCAGCUCUUCCUAUUGGUCAGGGGCCUAAACAAGGUGCAGGUCAUCCAAAGGGAGGGGCUAAAGGCCCAGUACCUCCUGCUGAUUGGCUACGGGACUCCCUUAAUAGUGGUAGGCGUGUCAGCAGGAUUAUUUCCAUCUGGAUACGGUAGUGCGGAUAUGUGCUGGCUGAGUAAGGAACACGGAUUUUUAUGGAGCUUUUUGGGUCCCAUGUGCAUGAUAAUCUGUAUUAACUGUGUGUUGUUUGGAAUCAUGCUCUGGAAUCUUCGUCUUACUUUGGCCAAUAUGAAGAGCAAUGUUUCCCAGGCCAAGGACACUAGACUGAUCAUUUUCAAAAUCCUCGCCCAGUGCAUCAUAUUGGGCGCUUCCUGGCUACUGGGCUUUUGGAAGAAUAGCCUCUUCGCACAGUACCUCUUUGUCAUCCUCAGCUCGCAACAGGGAACCUUCAUCUUCAUCGUCCACUGUUUGUUCAACAGAGAGGUGCGUGAGGAGUAUGUGAGGUGGUUUUCCCUUCUGUGUAGAGUGGGGUGGUCCACUCAGAGCCGACGCCCGUCGGUGUGCGAAGACACGCUUGAUGAGGUAAGGAGACGGGACGCCGUGUUCAGGGGUGCAUUUCCCAAAAGCACAGUCGCUAAAAACGUUAGCAACUUACAUAGUUGGCACCGUGAAACUAAACAGUUCUAACUAUGAAAGCUACUAAUGGAAGCUUUUGGGAAACGUACCUCACAGCUGGAUGAUCAGACCCCCAAAGUAUCAUCUCACACAUUCUAGCAGAAGGGAAGUGUCUCUUUGAAGGUUUCGCCCCCAUAACAUUACUGCUACACAAAGGCUGGAGAAAUGGCUUCCCUCUCUCGCUGUUAGU